AUAAAAUAAUACAAAAUUAAAUAAUAAUGAUUAUAAAAACAAUUUAAAUAUGGAAUUACCAAUGCUUUUAAACUGAUAACAAUAAGACAAUAAGCAUAUAAAUCUAAUAAUAAUAAUAAGAAACUACCGAUAAUAUUGUUAUCAAGAGAACACAAGAGAUAAUAAUAAUAAUAAUAAUAAUAAUAAUAAUAAUAAUUCUAUCUAUUAUUCUCUUGAGUGUGUGGACAGCUCUAAUCCCAGAUUUGACUUUUGACUCAUAUUAGUUGAGGGUUGAGUUCCAACCCUGAUAUCUGAUAAUUGAAUCCAGUAAUCCCCCAGAGGGAUUAUUCCCCAGCUAAGAUUGGUUUCCGGAGAAUAGACGUUCUGUGUUUGAACCAACCCGGAGUAAGAAAUCUGUUUGGCGGCAAGGUUGGCUCCGCCACAGAGACUUUAUUUUGCCACCAGAGAAGAGUAUUGAAACUUAGAUGAGAGCAGGGCAGUUUUAAGAGACAUUGAGGUUGAGACGGAUAUCAGAGAAUUUAAAAACUUAACGUCAAAGAUUCAAAUUCGGACACUUUAAACCGUAACGAGAACAAGACGAGGAAUGGAAGAGAAGAGAUUGGAAAAUGUUUUGAGAAAAAGAAGAGAUGAGAAUGAGAUAAGAAGAGUAAGAGAUGAGAAGGGGAUAAGAGGAGGGAGAGAAGAGAAGGAGAUAAGGAAUGGGAGAGAUGAGAAUCAAGAGAUAAAAACUCAGAACCAGGAGGACUCGGAGUCAGAUAGUGAAUCAGGAUUAUUUUCUGAUUCUGAGACAGAUGGAAGUUGUGGGAGUGGUAUGAGUGGAGGGGCGUGGUCUCCAAUCCAAGGGAAAGGGUCGUGGUCUCCCACCCCUGGAAAGUGGGCGGGAAGACGUGGUCGGGUUUGGAGAGGUUCACCGGUCUCUAGUAUACAAAAUCAGGAUUGUGGGACUAAGAUGUUGACUGGAAAUAUUAACAGGGAGCGGUAUCGGCAGCAGAAUGUUAGCGGAGCAUUCCUAGAGCUUAGGAAACUUCUCCCAACCCAUCCACCGGAGAAAAAACUCAGCAAGAGCGAGAUCCUUAAACUUUCAAUCAGGUAUAUCAAAUUACUGGAAAAAAUCAUCGAUUGGCAAGAUUCACAGAGACUUCCCGAGAAAAUGUCAGAUUCCUGUUGUACCCGGUAG